AGGAAACCGAAUGAGCCAAAAAGAUCCACAUCCUCUCUCUCUCUCUCUCUCGCUCUAAAUCUCUCUCCCCAAAAAUCUCUCCAUGGCUCUCCUCCUCCGAAACACCCACCGCCUCACCCCCCUCUCCGCCUCCCUCCGCGCCGCCUCAAUCCACUCCACGCUCCCCUCUCUCGCCGAGCAAACCCUAACAACACCCGCCCCAUACGGCCGCGCGGGCCCACCCUCCACCACAUCUCCCCCUCAGCUCUCCAAAGCGGCCGAGUUCGUCAUCUCCAAAGUCGAUGAUCUGAUGAAUUGGGCCCGCCGCGGCUCGAUUUGGCCCAUGACCUUUGGCCUCGCGUGCUGCGCUGUGGAAAUGAUGCAUACCGGUGCGGCCCGGUAUGAUUUGGAUAGGUUUGGGAUUAUUUUCAGGCCUAGCCCUAGGCAGUCUGAUUGUAUGAUCGUUGCCGGAACUCUUACCAAUAAGAUGGCUCCGGCUCUUCGCAAGGUUUAUGAUCAAAUGCCAGAGCCGAGGUGGGUCAUUUCUAUGGGUAGUUGUGCAAACGGUGGUGGAUACUACCAUUACUCAUAUUCUGUUGUGCGAGGCUGUGAUAGAAUUGUCCCGGUCGACAUCUAUGUUCCUGGUUGUCCCCCAACGGCUGAAGCUCUACUGUAUGGACUACUCCAGUUGCAGAAGAAGAUCAACAGGCGCAAGGACUUCCUCACAUGGUGGACCAAGUGAGACUUUGUAGUCUGUACACAUGCUUGUGAGCAGCUUUGGCUAUUUGCUUAUGGAUAAAUAAACAUAGCUUUCAUCCUGGUUCAAGUAUUGUACCAAGGAACAUGUCUUUAAACCUUGUUUUACUGGAUUCUAGAAGCUACUACUCGGGUAUUGAUGCAAUGAUGCUCCUUUUGCAAUUUUUUUUUGUUUGUAUGUCUUAGUUGUGGUCAUAUUCAGGCCUCAGACUGUAUUGAAUCUUUGUAUGGUUUUGUAUGCUAUAUGUAAUACCUAUGGUAACAGCUGGAGUUGCUUAUAGUUUUCUCAA